AUGCCUCGAACAAAAACACGUACUCAUGCGACCUUAGCAUGUAUAAAUUGUCGACAGAGGCAUGAAAGAUGCGAAAGACUUCCUGGGAAGGAUAUUUGUACAAACUGUAGAGAAUACAAUCGAUCCUGUGUUUCUAUUCCUGGUAACAGACGUGGACCAAAGUCGCGCAGGCAAAAUCAUGAGUUUGCAAACCUCCAGCCAUUUUCAAAUAUUAAUCCUUAUAGUGCAAUUCAGAUCCAACAUUCACACCCAGUAUCAAGAGUAGCUCACACUCAAUAUCAACUCACGACCGGUAUCGAGAGCCAUUCAUGCCUGACACCAGAAGUUUGCACUCAAUAUCAACUCACGCCUAGUACCGAGAGCUAUUCAUACCUGACACCAGGAAUGUAUCAAGAGCAACAUACGCCAAGUAGUUUGGGUAGCUUAUACCCAGUAUCAGGAACUACUGAAGCAUUCCAAAAUAUGUUCAUUAAUCAAUCCUCCUCAGCAUCUUUUCUCUCAUCCUCUUUUGCACAUGAAGAAUCCACGUUAAAUAUUGAUCGUCCAACUAUUAGUCCUUCAAUUACUUAUUUGACGUCAUUAUCUAAUCCUUUUUAUUGCUUCCAUUUCGGCUAA